AUCAGAAUCAGUCUUUGAACAGUUUUCGUGCCGUGCACUUUGUGGACGGAGAAAAGUACAAAAAAUUUUUCAAACUCGCCGUUCACUGAACACCACAGAGCGAGUGACAGAGAUAGUGCGAGUGCAAAUGCGAGUGAGUGUGUGAGAUAGCCAGAGUGAGAGAGUAAAAGCGCUACAAAAUCUCAGCGGCUGUUCGGUGAUAAUAAAAACGUGUAUGAGAAAUCGAUAAGAGCAGCAACAGCAGCAGCUGAAGUGAAAGAAGCGCGCACACAUACAAUCACACGCACACAACAACACACACAUGGAUUAGUGUUGGUGUGCCCGAUGUGUAUGUGUCGUCGUCAAGUGUUAUAAAGACAUGACAUUCGUUUGAAACAAAUUCAGUUCAAAUCAACAGAGGCUAAUACAAAGAAAUAACAGAUUAGAAUGCACACCAAGAUGGAGAAAGCAGUCGCAAAUCGUCGACAGAUGGGCGACUUCAAUGAACAGUUGAGCUGUCGCAUCUGCCUGGGCUAUAUGAUAGACCCCACCACAGUGGAUUAUUGCUAUCACACAUAUUGCCGCAGCUGCAUUUUGAAGCAUUUGCUGCGCGAUGUUUACUGUCCCCAGUGCAAGGCCAGCGGCGGCAAGCAGAUCAAUGAGGAUAACCUAAGAUCCGAUGACACAUUGCGGGCCCUCAUCUAUAAAAUGGUUCCUGGACUCUAUCAGCGUGAGUGCGAGCGACUCGUUGAGUUCGAGGAACAGCACAAGGACCUCGAUUCCGACCUCGACGAUGUGCUGCAAGCCGAAAAGGAACACGAGUUCUUUACGCCAACAGAGCCUAUAAGUUUAUCCCUAGAAUAUCAUCCAGCAAUGCUGAAACACUGCAGGGCAUCGGAUAAGCCGCCCGUCUGCUAUCUUCAGUGUCCCGCUGGUCUGCGGAUUGCGCAUCUGAAGCAGUUUCUCUGCUCCAAAUACGACAUCGAUGCGCAGAACAAACAAGUCGAGGUCGAGGUCACCUAUGAGGAUGAGGUGUUGCAGCCAAGCUUGACGCUAAUGGACAUUGGCUAUUGCUACCACUGGGAUCGGCAUGCGCCGAUGUCCUUUCAGUACAGGAUACUGCUCUAUGAGAAUGAGUGCAUAAAAAACGAUGAAAACAAUUUGUCAAAGGUUAAUCAGGAUAUUGAGUCAAGACCCGCUGCUGCUGUGGUGACGACCACAACAACAACAACAAAGAGUGCCAAGUCCGUGACCUUUGCCGAUGAGCUGGAAACGCAACCGAAUAAUCCCCCUCGCCCACAUGCAGCGCCCGCGAGCAAAACGCGCGCCAAAUCCAACUCAAAGGUCAGCAAGGGCAACAAGCGAACACCACUGAGUCAGACGGCAAAUGAAUCCCAUGAAGAUGCCUCUCAGGCGGUGAGCAACUUCAAGAGCUUACGCAGCAACGAUAUGCGGUACAGUGAUUACGGUGUUGCACCCACGGUGGCUCCGUUGUUGCGCGUGAAGAGCGAACCGGAACCGGAGGAACAGUCUAGCCUGGGUGUGUCCAAUAUGAACAUUGUGGUGAGCAUUCCACAGUCGCAGUUGAGUAAAUCUGCUGCCUAUGCGGAUGAGGAAGGUUUCGAGCUGAAGACGGCCAACAAAAAGUCCUCGAAUGCAGCUGUGCGCAAUUUGCCCAAGCUUAAGAUCGAACUGAAUAGCAUGAAGGCGAAACUGACGUUGCCCAAGUCAGCGGAUGCACGUCUCGAGGAUGCCGGGCAACAUAAUCAAUUGGACUUGGAAACGUAUGCCAAGAACAUUGGCCUCAAACCCAUUGAACAGCCAACAACACCCGGUGCAAGCGAUGCCUUGAAAUACAGUCCGAAUGCCUCGCCCAUGUCCUCGUGUUCCUCAUCCACCAAUGGCUCCAAUGGCACCGCGGAUGCCUCAACCUCAACCUCAACUUCAUCCUCGACGAACUCUACGUCAUCGUCUUCGCAUCGCAAGCGCAAAAAGAAGCACUCCAAGGAGCCAAAGGAUGCGAAUGGCAAACGCAAAAAGUUGCAUGCGGAAAUCAGUUCACAAACCGAUGGAAAAAUGAAAAUGAAAAUCACAACAACACCGCACAAUCACAAGGCGCACAAGCUCGAUCUCAAGCGUUCGCAUUCGCUGGCUGGCGGCGAGUUGAAUGCGCUGCAGAAAGCCAACGAUUUGAAUCGCACUUUGGGCGAAGAAUCGCGCAGCAUCAGCAACCUGAUGGCGACGACUUCAGCGACAACUUCGAUGACGACUUCGAUGACAACUUCGGGGACAACUUCGAUGACAACUUCGGGGAUAACUUCGUUGACAACUUCGGCGACAACUUCAAUGGAGAAGCCGCAGUUGCCUGCAUCGCCGCCUUUGCCGCCGAGUUUGUUCAAGAGCUUUUCACCCGCUGGCAGUCCGCUGCCCAAGGCAGCAACACCACCUCUAGCAGCAGCAACCACUACGGCUACAACAGCAGCAAACACUUUGACAGCAGCCACAACCAAGUCGAAGCUUGUGCCCGCUCCCAAGCAACUGAAACCCACACCAACACCAACUAAUAACAAUAACAACAACAAAAGGCAACCCACUUUGACGCCCUUGCCACAGCCUGCGCCGCACUUUGCCGUGCCACAAGCGCCGCUGCGUCAGGCGCCGCAUCAAAUGCUGCGCUAUCUUUCCACGCCCAGUUCCAUAGCGAGUGCAGCCAACAAGCAGCCAAAGCGUUCGCUCUCGCUGGAUGAAUCUGCUCCAGCUUCUAGCUUGGCCAAGCAUCCGCGUCUCGACUAUCAGCAACAGCAACAGCAGCAACAACAGCAAGUUGGCGUCAAGUACGCUGCCGCAGCAGCCAAGCUGAAGCAACAAGCGAGCGCUCAACUGCGUCUCUACGGUCCGGAGUUGGCCAAGCCAACCAGCAUGCCGAUGCUCUCCAGCUUGAAUCUGCCGCCCAGCGGUUCGGUGACAAUAACGCCACGACCACGCAACACACAACCGCGAGCAACCAUGGCAAAUACAACAGCAGCCAAAGCGGCAGCAACACAAGCUCCGCGACCAACUGCAGCUGGGGGCAACCUUAGCUAUGGCUAUGCCGAGAGUUCGCUGAGCAAUUUGCCAGCGUUGGAGAUUAUGCGACUUGGGGCAGCAGCCGCUGCGGCGGCAGCAACCAGUGCACGUUUGAUGGGACCACCGAAGCAGCCAGCGAAACGUGCUGUGGCCAUGCCGUUGCCGUUGCCACUCCCUUUGCCCCUCCCCAUGCCGCUGCCGUUGCCAAUGUCGAUGUCGAUGUCGAUGCCCACGACUGUCAAGUCGCCGCCGUUGUCAGUUGCGCUGAGUGCGCAACGAGGCAACAACCACAGCAACAACAGCAACAAUGCUGCUUAUCGCACAUCGCCGCCUGCAUUAAUAAAUCUGCGCAACACCGUUCCAGUCUCGUUUCCAUCAAAGUCAGCAACAGCGGCAGCAGCAGCCAAAGCCGAGCUUAAUUCAAAGAAAUCCGCAACAGUUGCCGCAGCGGGAGCAGCAACAACUUUGACUUCGACUGGAAGCAAAGCCAAUGGCACAGCGGCUGCUGCUGCUGCUCCUUUGCUGGACAAGUCGAAAACGAGUUUGCGUGAUUUUCGGCCACCAACAACAACAACAACAGCGGCUGCAGCAACAGCAGCAACAAGCUCAACAACAACCACAGCAACGACCAAGGAUGCUGACAUACUUGAUUUAUCAGCACAGGGCACAGGACGCAACAGCACCAAAUUGGCGCCCACGUCGCCACCCGUGGGCAACAGCAACAGCAGCAGCAACAGUCUGGAGGCUGCGCUGAAUAAAAUCAAGCAAAACAUUUCCGCCAACAGCAAUUGCAGCAAUGUUGUUGCUUCAGUUGCUUCGGUUGCUGCUGCUGGCGAUGAUCUACAGAAUCUGCAUAUGCUCUCUGAGUCGGCAACAGCGCGCGAAAAGAUCUCGAUAAAGGCUGGCAACAACAACAACAACAACAACACUACUACUGCUAACAACAGCAGCAACAGCAAUACUGCAAGCAACAGCAACAUCUACGAGAAUAAGCCAAAGAAUGCGGUGGUGCGACCACAGAAUGCCUCAGUGCGCAGCAUACCCAAUCCAUCGGCGUUGGCCUUUCGCAAUCAGGCCACGCUCUUGACUAGCAACAGCAGCAGCAGCAGCAACACAUCAACAACAUCGACUACAACUAUUGCAGCAGCCAAGCCGUUGACUGUGAAAGCCGAUGAGAAGCCCAAAUUGAGCUCAGCCACAAUGUUGCUUAGCCCUAACAGCAACAGCAGCAACAACAAUAAUAAUAACAGCAGCAACAACAACAACAACAACAAUUGCAAUGCUGCCACAUCGCCGCGUGCCACGAAAAAGGCAACAACCAUCGAUCAAGUUGCUGCCAAUUUGAACAUACGCGCCGAGGCAAAAGCUGCCGCCCUCGCCGAGGAGGCGCCACCAGCCAGUGUGGCAAGUGUUGCUGCUGCUGCCAAAACUCCCGAAUCGGAGAAGGCAACCAAAUCGGAUGCCACUGCAACAGCAACAGCGACAGUCACAGCAACUGCUGCAACAGUUACUGCAACUGCCACUUCUACACCAGCAACCACAACAACAGUUGCUGUUGCCAGCACACCUGCAACACCCGCCACACUUCCCUUGGCGCUGCCCACGGCAACAGCAACCACAAACGCUGGCAGCGUCAGCAGCGAGACGCUCUCGAAGCCGCCCGUUCAAAUCUCCGCUACCGACACUCCGGUCCCGGUGGCAAGUUCCGCUUAGUCACAAGCGUUCCUUUGGAUGUGCGGCUCGCAAAUGUAUCUGGUGGCGCCACUGGAGAGUCUGCAAAGCAGCAGCAACCAGAAUGCCAAUUGAUAACGUCUGCAAACGCCUUCCAGCUCCCAGGUUUCCAGCUCAUCAAUUAGCACACAAAAAGGUGGCGGUAAGAGGAGCGUCAAGAGCGGUGAACCACGGUGAACAUAAAUACCUUCAUUAGAAAGCAAUAUACAAAUGAUUCGUACUUAAAAGCUAGCUUAUACCAGAUACAGCUGCAAUAAGAUACAAUAUACUCGACGUAUACUUGUGAACUUGUGCUCUCAGAUACAGAUACAAAAUUCGCGCACAGAUGCAAAUAAUUGUGCAAAUAUUUGCGCUGGAAUUAGUACGCGUCGAAAUAAAUUAAAAACGUAAUGGAAAUAUGUCUGCUAAGCGACGAGCAGCAACAACAACAACACAGAGAAAAAAAAGCUGACACAAAAAAUGCGAAAAUAUAAAUAAAAUAAGCACAGCAGCGACGUCUGUUGUUGUCGUUGUUGUUGUUGCUGUUUGGCAUAGCAAAAAUGCGAACGAAAAUUAAUUAUAAAAUAUCAGCAAAUAACAAAUACAGCAACAACAUCAACAACAACAGCUAAACAACAAUCACACACACACACACAAGCCGACAACAUUCGAGUCUCGCCGAAUCGUUGAAUCGCCAACUCGUAGUACGUGUCGAUUACACUGCGCGAAAAAGAGUUCGACAAACUCCUCCCCAACCUUCACAUACAGUAAACGCUCACUUCUCAAAAUAUGACGACUUUUACAUACCCUAUUAGUGAAUUUUUUACAUCAUAUUUAAAGCAAAUGCAUUUGGUAAAGAUUUUACUUGAUUACACUGCGCGAAAAACAGCUCGACAAACUCCGCCUCAACUGACGUCAGUAGACACUCACUUCUCUAAAUGUCACGACUUUUAGAUAC